AUGCAGCAACAGCAACAACAAGGGCAGGGCUUUCAGCUCAUUCGCGAGCCGUACCGCGCGACGGAGGAGCAAUUCCGACUUUUCGUCAGUGGUUUGGAUGCUGUGCUGAAUCAGUGGACUGCGCUGCACCUUGUUGCUCAGCAUUGCGACGCUCUGGCCCUUCAGUCCAUGUACCAGGAGCUCAUCACUUGGUUUCAGACGGACGGUGAGGUGUAUUCCGAUGACCUGGAGAUAUUCUUCGAGAACUUCUUUGCCGAGGCCCGUUCAGUGGUGCUAGAGGAUGACAGCAUGAAGGAGGUAGGCGACCUGCUGCAUAACAUGUACUGCCGCUGCUGCCAGAACGACUAUAGCCUGGUGGAGCAGUACGUGGCCAGCCUCGCGGUGUACCAGCAGGUGAAUCCGGUGCGCCUCUCAGUCAACGCCGGUGACGACGGCACGAGCGGCGGGGCGGUGGAAGCGGAGGCGGUGCAGCUGCACCAGACCGCCAACGAAGAAGAGGAAGGAAAUGAUGAGUUGGAUGUGCCGAUGGUGACGGAACAACAGAAGCCGCGCAACAAGAAGAACAAGAAGAAUACCUACGAGCGUGACAACGAUGGUUGGUGUGUCGUGCGGCGUUAA